ACGUAAUUACCCUUUUCACGUUACGCAGGACAGGCUCGCUCUGUGCAGCUUGCAGACUGCAGGUGGAGGCAGCCGGGCCGAGAAGUUGGACAGCCGAUGGAGACCCUAAUCUCAGAAAAUCCCAUUCACCAUUUGGUUUCUCCAUUCUCAUCCUCAACAAUUCUCUUCCACUUACCCCGAAUUUCCCGGAGAAAUCGAAGCUCUCUUCGCUUUUUCCCGGGAAAAUGGCAUUGCAGUCCCAAAAACGUUAGAUUCUCAUGCUUUGCGGCUUCUUCCGCACCCAAUCCAUUGACUUAUGGUGGGUGGGACGAUCUGAGAAUCGUUGGUGACUCAGACCGGUCUGGUGAGUCGGAUCAGUUCCGUAAUUUUCUGAUUGCUAUAGGAAUCGAUGACAGAAAGUACGUAAUCAUGUUCCUCAUUGGGGUUGUUUGCGCUUUGGCUAUUUCUAGGAUUAGGGUUUCUUCAAUUGUUGUGUUUCCCGCUUCUGUUAUCGUUUUUGCUCUUGGCUUUUCAUUUGGGUUUGUUAGAGGGGGGAGCAUUAAUCGGGUGAGUGGUAAUCAGAGCAGGAGAAGAUCCAAAGCUGAUAAUUUUAGGGUUUGUGAUGAGAAAUUGUGGAGUCUGGUAGAGUUUUUCAAUGGGUUUGAUGAAAAGGUUAGUAAUCUAAAGAAUUGUAUGGGAAGAGCUGUUGAAUGCAGAGAAAUCACUGUGGGUGAUCUGGACAGUUAUGUUAAGGUGAUGGAAUCAAUCAAAUUAUCAGCUAUGUCUGCUAGAAAGAUUGUUGAAGGUUCUAUUGAUGACAUGGAGUUGUUGGGUAAGGGCGUAGAAUCUAAUGAUGUUCUAGUUGAGAACCAGAAGCCAAGUAGGAGGAGGAAGGAGGUAGAGAGGAAUGAGUUUGAUUUCUUUAGGGUUUUUAGGGGUUUAUUUGGAGAAAAUUCUCUUGAUUUGAGUAUUGAUAAAAUGAAAGAUGUUGUUAGGCAAGAGUUGAUGGAGACAAGUGUGAAUGGUAAUAAGGGUAAUGUAGUAGCCCCUUGGGUAAAAGAUAGUGUUUUAAAUUUGGUUAAUGAUAGUAAAAGAAAUGCAAAUCGUGGUUUUCCACAGGAUACAUCAAAUAAACAUGCUAUGGAUCAGGGUGACAUGGAAAAAUUUGGCGAUGGGGCUGCAAGAACAAAAAUAAUUCCAGAAAGUGAGAAAAUGGAUUCAGCAGAGGUGAAUGAAACUGCUAAGAGACCUCUUGGCAAUGAAAAGUAUAGUUACCAGAAUAACAGAUUGCAGUUCAUGAACAGCCAACGAAUUUCUACGAAUACGAAUCAUGAUAAUGAAAUGAAAACACGGGCAUACCAUGAUAGUCUGCUUGAUUCUAUGGAUUUUAGUGUCAGCCUGAAACAUACAGUAACAGAGGCAUCUUUCCGGCAAGAGCAGAUGCUCAAGAACUCCAAUGGAGCUUACAUGGCUGAUCACAGAAAAGAAGAAAAUAAACAAGAUAAUUACAGAAUUAGUUUUAGAGAAGAGAACGCGAGGCCUGAAGAUGAUCACCAUCUGGCUGAUCUCCAUUCUGAGUAUGAAAAUGAGAUUGGUUCGUCAUCAUCUUCAAGGAUUUCAGAUGAUGUGAUCUUUGAUAGGUAUCUUACAGAAGCCAAUGGCCAUCUAAAGCAUGCCAGGGAGUGUUUAAAGAUUGGGGGUGAUGAAGGACAUGCAGAGGUCCUCCUAUACAAGUCUUCUAAUUUACUAUCCAAAGCUAUAGCCAUGAAGCCCAUGAGUUUAUUGGCCGUGGGCCAAUUGGGAAACACCUAUCUUCUUCAUGGAGAACUAAAAUUGAAGAUUAGUCGUGAGUUGAGAACUCAACUUUCUAGGAGUGAUCCCUCAUUUGUGAAGAAACGGGUUAAUGUGCUCAAGGGUCUAGAUGAUCAAGUCAGCAGUAAAGAUAAAAUUGCAUCCGUUCUUGUUAACGUGUGUGAAGAGUGUGAAGGACUCCUUGUUGAGGCAGGAAGAAGGUAUAGAAUGGCUUUGUCAAUUGAUGGGAAUGAUGUGAGAGCUCUAUAUAACUGGGGCCUUGCUCUUUCCUUCCGCGCACAGUUAAUUGCUGAUAUUGGACCAGAAGCAGCUGUUGAUGCUGACAAGGUGUUCUUGGCUGCAAUUGAUAAAUUUGAUGCAAUGAUGUCCAGAGGCAAUACCCAUGCACCCGAAGAUCCAAAAGUUUCAUUAUAAAGAAGAUGGAAUGAAUCUAUGUUUUUGUCAAAGAAUUAGGCAAACUAUGUCAUUUUCUCCCUUUAUGAACUGGAAAUAAAAGCGAGAGCAGAAGAUAAAUUAUUCGAAACCAGCACACAUUUCAACUCUUGAAGGAGCCAUAGCCCUCAGUAUAUGUCUCUUUACUCCAUUAAAUUCAAAAUAUUCAGUUUGCUGAUGUGUUUCACAAAGCCAUGCCCUUGCAUUAUCUAAUGAACUCUAGAUGCUGAAUGCCUUCAGCCAUGAGACUCAAUCUGGAUUAUCCCGCACCAUAACCAAUAUCAUUUGAAUGUAGCUCAAAUAAAAUCUGAGUUGUGUUUUGGACUUGGUACUAGUAAAUUAAAUUCUUGGGUGGAUUGCAGCUUUGUUUAGAUGGGGUGUGGCAUUGCAGCAAAGAUCUCGUUUACGGCCACGCAACAGUAGAGAGAAGGUUAAGUUGCUGCAGCAAGCAAAGAGGCUGUAUGAAGAUGCAUUCGAUAUGGACUCGAGCAAUCUUCAAGUAAGAGAGGCCUUGUCAUCAUGCAUGUCUGAGCUCAAUUUUUUUAGGGGCUUGUAGAAAAUUUGUAUCAAACGGUGAGCUCAUUCUGCUUGCUCUCUGCUUUGUUCUUUUUUUUUUUUAAUAAAUUCAAUGCUUCUAGUUA